AUGUCUCGUCUCUCUCGUCACUUACUGAAUGUAACCUUACUUCUUAUUGCCGUCUCCGGGCAAUUCAAUGUCACUGAUUUCAUCGAAGUCAUUGGACUACAAAAGGAUAUUGAGAGGAUGAUCACCAUGGUUUAUCACACGGUGCUCAACAUAGUGUUGUAUUUCCUAAUCAGCGGUAUUCACAAUAUCCAAGACCUUGCAUCACCGGUAAAGUCAGUGUUCAUUGCUGUGCUUUGGCUUACAUCUGGCUAUCCUUGCGAGUUCUGCGAUAAAAUCUACGAAGAUUACCAAUCGGGGCCGUCGGAUAGCAUCACUGAUCGCCUUUGGCAUUUUGUCUCAACGCCGGAGCAUGUGAUAUCCUACAUGGUGGUUAGCUUCAGCGUGGUCCGCCUCAUAUCGCAAUGGGGCGUGUUCUAUUACUUUUUCAAAACGCACGAGAGUCCUGACAUCGUAAAGACGAAAAAAAGAAACUGCACCACCAUCAUCUCGACGGCUGAUACCGAGCGACAAAGAGUCGAAGAGUGCCUAACAUCCUGCUUGUUGAACAAGGUGCGAGAGGUCAUCGUUGUGACGACCAGUAGUGAGCUCGCAGGGACAGAGGAUAUGGUGAACAGGUUCUGUGAGUGCUUUCCAGAAACUGCAAUCCGUGUGCUUGGUACAGAAGAGACCCGGAAAUGCGACAUGAUCAGCGAGGCCGUCAAGAUCGUUGAAACGGAUAUCGUUGUCCUCGUUGAUCCCAAUGUCUUUUGGCCCCGUCGUUUCUUGGAUCGCUUGUUGGUUUCUUUCGGCCCCACCGUGGGAUUCGCAAUGAUUCACCAACAUAUUCGUCGCUUCAAACUGCCUUUCUUUGAAAUAAGCCCCCGUGUUGGAAACACCCAGCUGGAACCGAGGAUUGGGUUGUCUUUGGGGGAACAUGCCGCUCGGGUUAUAGCUUGUCCGAAGGCUCUAUUCCAGCAUCGCGAGUUCAGCACAUCUUUCAAACGAGCACAACCGACAGAUUCUGCUUCCUACAACGAAGAGAGUGCCGCGCUUUUCCUGGAAAGAUGGGCACUGGAGAAGGGAUACCACACCGCGAAGGGCUAUGCUGGUCAUGACGCAUUCGAACCACCCGCGCGCACGACGCCUGAGUCCGCUGUCUGGACACACCGUUUAUUCUACUGCGUCAGGUACGCACGACAGGCCGGGAGAAUGAAGUUCAGAAACUCAUUGAACAUCGCCACUGAAUGGGGGAAUAUGCCAUCUGCAGCUUACGGUAGCCAUGCGUUAGCUUUCUUGCUUCUAGCCUUUUGCCUUGACGCUGCGCUCGCGAUGAUAAUCUCGGCCAGCCCACGGAAAACGAGCGAGAGGCUAAGAAUACUCGGGGGCAUGUCCACUGGAUAUCCGGCUGCAAAGCAAUUGCCAUACUUUAUCCGGGGAGAGCUACGGGUGUUGGAGACGAUGUGGUAUCCUAUUUUCGUCUGGUUUCACGGCCUUCUGAAGAAAUGGGCGAUCAUUUAUCUAUGUUUGAAUCUCUUCGGGGAGACCGGCAUGGAUAUCGAGAAUAAGCCCCCAAUGACGGUUAUCGGUAAUCGCAAUGAUAUGGGCGUGGGCUCAAGCUCGUCUGGUCCUCAUCCCGGCAUGUCGAACAGUCGCCCUGACGUCUCGUCAGUACAAACUCAGACUGAGUGGGUCGGUCCAAUCGAACUGGAUGUGCGAUCAGAGAGUCAAAAUGAACCAACGGACAAUGAGGCGUUGAACAGGACGCCUACCACACCAAUUAAGACCAACGAUCCUAUUCAACGAGUACGAAACUCGCCAUCGUACAGACCUGCUUCUGUCCCGCUGUCACCUCGUCAACGGAUCCAGACUGACAUCUAUCCCUCCAUCGAGCAGCCUACCAGGGCUCAAACCCCCAGUCCAAUAAGCCAGGCACUCCAGGAAUCGCCUCGCUCUCUUCCAAAUACGCCGAUUGAAAGAAGCCAUCUGCGCGAGGACAUCACUCAAGAUAUUAAAGAGUCUUCCUCGAGUUUGUCCAGCCCACCAUCGAGUCAGGAGCAACAACCCUGGUCUCGGUCCCCAAGCCCAAGAACUCAAACACCCAAUGUCCAAUCCCAGAGCUUAAUACAACCCCAACGGAGUCCCACCCCCGAGCCUCCUAGAUCCAACAGACGCAACAGAACCGCUCGACAACCGACGUCAUACGAUGCCGAUUUCGAUCCCUCUGAAUUCGAAUCAAGCUCCGAUGGAUCUUCCAGUGGGCAGGAAAGCCACGCAGACCCUGUCGCAGAAAGCCCGCCCCGGUUCCGGACCCCGAACUUCACAUCAAGCCAGCCCGUUUCACGAGCAGCGACGCCUAUUCCUGCGUUAGCUACUGUUCCUGCUCUACCCAUGCCUCGUCAAAGUCCUCAAACUCAAAGGGUUUUAGUCAAAUCCGACCCUGUUAGGGAAAUGCCACCGGCAAGCACAAUACAAGGGAUGAUAGAACCGACACCGCAGCUUCGAGCGCCCAGAUUUACGAAAAGUAAACCAACCCUUGCAGCCGCCUCUCCUGCACUUCGGUCGCCAGCCAAGCCGAAAGUUAAGCGAGCAGCACCAAAGCCCGCUGUUGUUUCCCCGCGAAAGACAAGAUGCUCGAAAUGUAGGAGGUUGCAUGUAGGAGAGUGUUUGGAGGAGUGA